CUUGUAGGCGACAUUCAUCACAAGACAAGUUCUUUCUUAUUAUCGUAGUGAAAUUAUAUUUUUGUUUAUUGUUAAAAAUAGAAUUAUUUUCUCUUGUGACUUUUUUUUUUCUUUCUCAAAUUCGAACUCCUAUCUGAAAAACGUGCCGACUGAGAAAGAACUUGGUAAAAAAAAGUACAGAAAAAUAUAUAAAAGUCUCUCUGGGAUUCUGAAGGAGACUAAUUUUCGCCGCACGAAAAUCCUACUGUCCGAGUCUAACGAAAAUUAUAAGAAAAAAAACCUGUGAUAAUAUUUCAUCUCAUCUGACGAUCUGUGAUCUUCAAGUCGUGCGAAAAACGUUUUCAAACACGCAGCUAUCACAAGAUUACACUUUUGAAAGACGUAAACAUAUUUUUUAUUAAAUUCGGAAAAUUUUCUUUCGCGACGUUUGGCAAAGCGACGUUUUCGUCACAAUUUAAAAGAAGAAAAAAAAGUUCUUUGUCUUAAAUCAAUAUGGUAUCAUCAAGAAAUAACCACCGGAACGGUCACGUUUUAGUAGGAAAUCAUCAGACACAAAUGGAGAGUGGUGAUAACGAUGCUGCUAUCAAUAAAUCUCCUGGUGUAGGAACACGACAUUAUGUGUCAUUUAUGCUAUUUUUGGGGAUGGCUAAUGCAUAUAUCAUGCGAACGAACAUGUCAGUAGCUAUAGUCGCUAUGGUUAAUCACACAGCUAUUCAUUCAGAUUCAGAUAUAUUCGAUGAUGAAUGUCCUGACACAGACUAUGGUAAUUCAACGCAUGAUCAAAUGCAGGAUGGAGAGUUUGAUUGGUCAACGAAAAAACAGGGUUGGAUUUUAUCUUCAUUUUUCUACGGCUAUGUCAUAACACAGAUUCCUUUUGGAAUUUUGGCUAAGAAAUAUGGAAGUUUGGGGUUCUUAGGCUGGGGAAUGUUCAUAAAUAGUGUAUUCGGAUUUUUAGUCCCAGUGUCAGCACACAUGGGUGUCACAUGGCUGAUUAUCGUGAGAUUCAUUCAAGGUCUAGGAGAAGGACCAAUUGUGCCAUGUACGCACGCUCUUUUAGCGAAAUGGAUUCCUCCAAAUGAGAGAAGUCGUCUUGGAGCUAUGGUAUAUGCGGGUGCGCAAUUUGGAACAAUUAUAUCAAUGCCAUUAUCAGGAAUACUUGCUCAGUAUUCUUGGCCUUCUAUAUUUUAUGUCUUUGGUGCUAUGGGUGUGGUGUGGAGUAUUAUCUUCCUAUGGACUGUAUAUGAAGAACCUCAAGCAUGUCCGAAAAUUGAUGCAGAGGAAAAAGAAUUUAUUGUCAAGGCUAUUUGGGGCAAUGAGGCUGUUAAUCGAUCACCUGAAAUUCCAUGGAUGUCUGUAUUAACGUCAAUGCCAUUUUAUGCAAUUUUAUUUGCACAUAUGGCUCAAAAUUAUGGCUAUGAAUUCCUCAUGACAGAAUUACCAACUUAUAUGAAACAAGUUUUGAGGUUUUCAAUCACAGAAAACGGUGUAUUAAGCUCCGUUCCAUAUUUAGGAAUGUGGAUCUCAUCUAUAUUACUUUCAAUGGUAGCUGACUGGCUCAUCUCCACUAAUAAACUUUCUAUUACAAAAACAAGAAAAAUUUUCAAUUCAAUUGGUCAAUUUGGACCAGCUAUUUGUUUAGCGGCUGUAUCAUAUACGGGAUGUAAUAGAGCUUUGACUGUUUUCCUACUCACACUCGGUAUUAGUUUGAAUGGUGGUAUAUACAGUGGCUUUAAGAUAAAUCAUUUGGAUAUUUCACCUCGUUAUGCAGGAAUUUUGAUGAGUUUGACUAAUGCAUCUGCAAAUAUGGCAGGUUUACUGGCUCCUAUUACAUGUGGUUAUAUAAUAGAAGGAAAGCCAACAAUAGCGCAGUGGCGGAUUGUAUUUUUGAUUGCAUCUACCAUUUAUGGUAUAUGUGCAGUAUUCUACAUCUUGUUUGGUAAAGGUAAAAGACAGCCUUGGGAUAAUCCAUCAAACGAUGUUGUGGUUUACUUUCCGAAAAAUGAAAACAUCUCACAAGAGACUAAUCGUAUGUUAAAUAAUAAUAAACAGCAAGUGAGGCAAUAACAUCAAGAUAGUGAAUUAAUGCCUGACGAGAAUUUCGUAGAACUUAAUUAUAAUUUUCAAGACGAUCUACUUAAUUAUGUUGAUGAAACUUAAAUCUUUCUAUUUGAAACUUGAUAUUUAAGCAUCAACAAAGGCUCAUUUUUCUAUAUAUUGGAACUUGUGGACAUAAGCAAAUUUUCAUAAUUAGUAAUGAAAAUAAAAUUGCGCUUCUAAAUUCAGUUUUAUAAGUUAGUCAAUCACAUUGUUUCGGUUCUUAAGCUGGUUCUUAAAAACAAUUUUGCGAUAGUUUUUUAAAUUCACGCCAGCAAGAUGCACUUAAAGGAAAUAAUAAUAAUUUAAAACCUAGA